AUCAUUUUGUAUUUCUGUAUUUAGUUUAUCAAAAUUGCAAUAGGGGCAUUGUAAUUAAUUCGAAUUGAAUGGCGGAAAAACCAAUGCUAGGGGGUUGUUGUGUGUGUUUGGAUGAAAGAGGUUGGGCUGAAAAUCCACUAGUUUACUGUGAUGGACAAUCAUGCAAUGUGGCGGUUCAUCAAGCUUGCUAUGGCAUUGUCAAGGUACCAUCAGGGCCUUGGUUUUGCAGAAAAUGUGAAUCUCAGGAAAGAGCUGCUAAAGUGAAAUGCGAGCUGUGCCCACAUCGUGAUGGUGCAUUGAAGAGAACAGAUAAUGCAGGGUGGGCUCAUGUUGUUUGUGCAUUAUAUAUACCUGAAGUUACAUUUGGAAGUGUGAGCUCGAUGGAACCUAUCAUACUUCUGAAAGUACCACCAGACAGAUACAAUAAGACGUGCUAUUUAUGUGAAGAAGAAAGCCGAUCAAGUAAAGCAUCCACAGGAGCUUGUAUGACUUGUGCAAAGCAAGGAUGUAAAGCUUCAUUUCAUGUUACUUGUGCUCAGAUGUCUGGUCUCUUAUGUGAAGAAGCAAGUGGAGGUAAUCAAACAAAAUAUUGUGGAUAUUGUAAAUCGCAUUUAACAAAGGGAAAGAAAAUGUCAUCAUCAUAUAAGAGUCUCUCUUGUGCCAAGGUUUACAAACUUCCAACAACAUCAUCAUCAGAUGAGCUUGGUUCUCCAGAAAGAUCAAUUCCUUUGUUACCGAACACAAUGAAACCUGGAGAUAUCAGAUACACAAAAGCCGGAAAGAAGAGAAGCAAAAGUUUAGAAGAAAGUUUAGCUACAGAUGAAAUUGAAAACAAGGUAUCAUCCUCCGUUGACUCAUCAGAAGAGGUUUCAGAAGGAAAUUCAAGUCAAGAGCCGGUAACAAAUUCACCACAAUCACCACCUCCGUCUUCUAAAGAUCCAUUAACAAUAGCAAAUCUUCAAUCAUCUCCUGUACCUGUUGUAUCUGUUGAACAAUUAGUCAUAAAAUCUAGUGUUCAAUCUCUUAAUACAGCAGAUCCUGAAUCUGUACCUAACAACGCUAUCACAAGUACCAAUGUUAAUGAAAAUUCUGAUGAAAAGAUGGAUACCAGUACUUAUGAAGCAAGUGAACAUUCAAAUGUACUCGCUUCUACAAUAACAGAAAUUCCAUCGCAGAUUCCAACAGAAAAUAUGAAAAUUUCAUCUUCUACUUUAACCUUAUCAUCACUUGCUGAAGCAGCAUCUGCAAUAUCACAGUCAUCAGCUGCAGAAGCAGAAGAAGUAGGUCAAAGUUCAGCGAAAGGAGAAAUAAACAAAAAGAAAAUGAAAUCUACAAAUAAAGAUACAGCUGGAAAAAAGAAACAAAAGGAAAAAAAAGCAAAAAUAAAAAAGACUUCAGAUUCAUCGAAGAAAGGGGAAUCCGCAAGUAAAAGUAAAAAGAAAACAAAGGUUUCAGGUGUGGUCGCCCACUUGCCUAUUCCUCCUUCACUAACAAUGAAAGAUCCUGCAACAGAAGCUGGUACUGCUAUAUAUCCACGACAUAGUGUGGUUACUCUGGCGAAUAUUGGUGGAAGAAGUGAGACAUAUGGACCUCAUGAAAUUGGAGAGAAUAAUAAAAUUUUCAAGCCAGACUUUACUUACGAUGGAGUGACUGCACUGGAACAAUUUCAAGAAGAACAAAAAUCUGACAGUUUGGAGUUUUUUCGGAAUUAUGGAACAACUCCUGAUGUUGCUGCUUUGAUGGAUGCUUUACAUAAGGUCAGAGAAGACAACAGAAAUAUGCAAUCAGCAAUUGAACAAAUGGCCAGAAGGAGAGACCAGUUACUCUUGAUAAAAACAAGAUUGAUGGGAUUGCAAACUAACAAUAAUAUGUCAACAACAAUAACGACCACUUCAAACAACUCAACACAGCGCAACACUUCAAUGUCACAUCAAGCACAGACUCCUACUUUGCCAUCUCGGACUGUUGCAUCCUCACGAACUGUAAUACCACCUCAAUCAUCCACACCUUCAGCUGCUCAACAGACACAUCAGUUGCAGUAUGCAGUCCCGCAUAACUUGAAUUAUUCACAAAUGCCACCCUAUCCGUAUCCACCAGUUAACACAUCUAAAUGAUGGUAGAUUGUAUUUCUGUGUGACUUAUGUGGUAAAGUUUGCUAUGUGUGUUUUAAUGUAAGAAAAAAUUCAUCAGGCAAA